AUGCCGUCGACCACGACUUUGAGCGUCUGUUAUUUGAUCGUAGCCAUCGCCACCGUGGUGCUAUGGCACUCGGCCGAAUCAUAUCACGUGGACAAGUAUUCGUUGCUCAUGCCCAACGUGAGACCCAAAAAGGUAAGCUUCAUAAGCGCAUAAUACAAAUUAGUAAUCGUCGUACGAAUCGAUUAGUUUUUAAUGACUUCGCGUGUGGAGUGAGUGAAUUUUCGCAAUAAAUUUGACUGUUCAAUUAUAAUAUACCUACCGAAAAAUUUGCUUAUAUUGUAACUUAUUGUGUCUUCAUUUUAAUAAUAUUGUUGAAAAUCAAUUAUUAGCUAUUGCAGGUAGGUACCUAUAGUAUCUAUCGUCAGUGGCGUCAGUCAACAGGUCUGACUUCAGACGUGCACGUGAUAAUAAUUACUACUUUAUUAUGUUCAUGGAACUCAAGUCGCUGUAGUUUCUCGAGAACAAUAUGUACUUAUAUAUACAUAUGAAAUAUAUUAUAAUAUUAUCGGGUAUAAAUAACGAUUGGAACAGAUGAUUUUGUACAAUUUGUCGGCCAUAUAAUAUAGUCAUAUAAAAAUCAUAUACACGUUGUAUUAUAGGUGAUAAUACUAUACCCAGAGUAUAUUAGCCUUUAAAUUUAAUACCGCUGUCGGUUAAAAAGCUAGUUAAUUUUCGUUUUUUUACGCGUUUCGCUGUGCCGUUUCUCCCCCCUUCCCCAUAUUUUUACGGUCAGCUUUUUAUUGUAAUUAUUUUUUGUGGUUUCACGGUUACCAACUGUACGGGUCACGAAAACCUGCGAAUGACCGCCGCGUGCCGUGUGUCGAUUUUUCUAGAAACCAGUGGGCCUCAACAUUUGAUCUAUCAUAGGUGUGUCGCCACCGGCGAGACAGGUACUAUGCGUUUUAAAAAAAUAACUAACCCGCACCUUUUAAAAUGUCCCUGUCUUUUUUAGACUCUUAGCGCGUUCUAUUGUGAAUUUAACUGUGCAUACCUACAAUUUUUAAUCAAAAGUUUUAGAAAUGGCGUCUUUUACACACCGCGAUAUUCUCAGUCAAAGUAAACAAGUAAUUUACCGGGUACACGGUUUUUUAAAAAAAUUAUCCACUAUGGAUAAUUUAUCUGCCGAUUUUUUUAAAAAAACUAUGACUAACUAAAAAAAUAAUGGAUUAUGAAUAUUGCUAUAUGUACUAGAGAUAUUUCUCUUGAAUGUUUUUUCACUUAUGUUAGUUUCAUCCAUAUAUUGCCAAGAUCUAAAAUUUACCGUGUAAUUAUUUCCUUGAGAUAAUUUUGUUAAUAUAUAUUUAAUAAAAAUAGCAAAUAUUAUUGCACAUUUAACUGUUCUAGAUAAACAAGUUAAUGAAAUCUGUGCAGAAUGGACUAAUGAUACUUCUGAACAAGAUUUAAAAAUUAUCAUCAGAAACCUGAUUAAAAAAAGAUUUAGAUAUAUAAUUUAGGUAUAUUUUUUAUAGUUUUUAAUAAAAUCCAAACGCAAAUAUCCACAAAUAGGCGAAUCAUUAAAGUUUUGAAAUCUUCUAGAUGUUAUUUUAAGAUUAUUUUCUCCUAAAUAUAUUACUAAUUCUUUUAGUGGAUUAGCAUUACCAUCAAAAUCAAAAUAAAUUUUUAAAUUUUCAUGUUUUGUCUUUCAAAUCUAAUGUUAUGUAUGAAUGGGUUAACUAUUGUCCAAAUUGUUCUGGUCUGUCUAUCCAUAUGAUAUCUAUCAUAUGAUCGCACUAAUUUUUAAUUCCGGUUGCGCAUAAGAUUAUUACGACGGAUAAGUUACUACCUUAUCAAAUCAUCCAACAAACGACAUGUACAAGUGUCACAAUCAUAAAACAGAUAUGAUAUUAUACAACGUCAUUUUUAGCUUACGGAUAUCACAUCACGCCAAUGGCUGAAUUUUUUUUUGCAAAUUUUUAAUAACUUAUAUUGGGGUCGAACCUGCUACAUAUUGAAUUAUAAUCGAAGUAUUGACCACUAGACCAGAACACUAGGACAUUAAAGUACAAUGAAGUUAGUACAUUUAAGUUGCAUAAAUUUAAUAUUAUUUCAAUAUAAGGAUAGGUUUUAUAAAUAAUAUAUAUUUAGGAAGGGGAAAUUUUUGAAAUGCUCUAACUUAUUCAAUAAUAAUCAGAAAAAUAUAAAACAAAGACUGAUGUUAUUUUUGAACUUAUUUACACUGCAUACUAAAAAUCGAUUUUUGGUUAGUCCAAUUUUGAGAAUUUUUGAGUUUGAAUAUCUCAGCGAGAAAUCAUCGUAGCUCAAUUAUGUUUUCAUCUACUCCCACUAAACCUUAAACAAUCUUUUAGAACGUGUUAUCAAAUUUUUUCUAAAGAGAUUAGUAGGAGAUUUUGGAUUCUACUGGAUCGAUUGACUUCAAAUUUUAUAUAUACCUUUAAAAUAUAAUCUUUGUUAACAUAUAGAAAUUUGGUAAAAUUCUAAAAGAUAAAAAUAAAUUUAUUAUCAAUACAAAUUGUAAUGUUAUGCAUGUUAUUGGUAGAUAUAUAAUAUUUUAAUAACACAACAAAUAUUAUUAAGUAUAUACGAUUUGACCUAAUUAAUCAUUAUCGAUUUGUAUGCAACGUUUAUAUAUUGCACGCGCGAUGCGUAAUAUAUUAUAUUAUUUAUUUUUUUUAAAGAGAAUUGUUCCUAGCGCAAUGUUUAUGUGAAAAUAGUUUUUAAAUAUUAUUUAACUUUAAAAAUAAUAAAUGCAUAUUUCUCUUGUUUUAAUAUAACCUUUUGGACUUUUUCAAACAUUUAAUUUUUUUUAAUUAAUUUUUUUGGAUAUUCUUUUUAAUUAUUUUUUAAUUUAUUUUUUUUAAUAUUAUUUUUAUUUUAUGUAUGUAAACAAAGAACAGGAAAUAAAAACAAUGUAAAUAGAAAUCAGAAAUUAGUUUUUAAAGUGAAAAAUAUCUAGCUGUCUCAGAACAAACAUUAUACUACUGUCUCCUCUAUUUCAAACAAAAUUUUAUCAAAAAAAGAAAGGAAAAAUCCACCUCCUCCUCACCCUCUCAAAAAAACUCUCUUUUGGAUUUAAUACAAAAUCACCCAAAUGCAAAAACAUAUUCUACAAUAAUGCCGAUGACAUCAAAACAAAGAAGGUUAUUGACAUUCUUCAAAAACAGAUGUGCUCAGAAGUCACUAAAGCCAGUUAUAUCAAUCCUAUUGGUCUUGCUCCUUUUGCUCAAUCCAGCAAUCCACAAUAGUCCCUGAACUUUUUGAAUAAAUCUUGUAUACUCUCGUUUUGCUUUUGAGUAGCCACAAUACUUUCUCUGUUAUUCUGUGUCAAAUCUGUAACUGAUUAAUUUAUGAUCAUUGAGGAUAAAGUCUAAAUAAUUAAGUAGUCCAAUCAACUCUGAAGUACCAAACUGAAACUGGUUAGUUCAUGGUUUUUUGGUUACUCCAGUUUAUGUUUGAGCGAUAUCCUUGUUAAAGGGAUAUACGACAAUAGUGUAUUCAUAAAUCAUAGUUAAUUGUAAAUGAACCAUAAUAAUAUUAUGUAGAUGUAGUGUAAAUUAUUGUUAUAUAGUAACGUUAUUAUUUACACUGGUUCUAGAUGGAUUUGUAUUUGUGCACGCCUAUUAGAAUAGAUCCCAAUAAGUCCUACUUUAUUGGUGAGUAAAAAGUAUUAUUAAUAAAUUAAUUUAAUUAAACUAAUAAUAGAUAAUUAAGUAUCUUAGGUACCUAUACUAUAUUCAGGAUAAUAAAAUUGAACCACUAGUACUACGAAAAUGUAUUACAUACCACUCCACAUUAGACCACUUAAGGGCCUGCAUACGUGAAAUAGAUUCAAUCUUAUUUUAAAUUGAAUAUACUAUUAAGAAUUCUAGUUAAUAAUUAAUAGAUAAAUAGAUAAAUAUAUUAAUAGUUUAUUAAUUAUUACCUAGUCUUUAAAGAAGAAGUCUAGAAUUCUAGACUCAAGACUAUUGGUACUUACUAUUUUUUUAUUGCUUUCAUCAAAAAUUAUUUUUAAUAACAUCGUCUAAAUAUUCCUUGUCCCAUACCCCACGACUACUCUCCUGUUCUAUAUAAGCUGGGCCUCCCGAGCUUAGCAGAUCGUAAAUAGAUAAAUAACAUUUCGUUCCUUUCAAAUCUCCUUAUUGGCAAAAUAGAUAUUUUCUUCUUCGUCAAUUUUAAAGUCUCACCUCGUCGCACCCGCUUCCAUGCUCCAUUUAACAUUCCCGAUUUGUCUACUAGUUUCCUUCAAAACUCUCCCUUGAAACGUCUAAUGAGAACUGCAAACAAAGACCCACCCUUUCAAUUAUAAAACACAAAAAGGAAAAUGUUAAGCAAUGUAGAAAUAGCAAUAGUCAUAGGAAUAACAAUAGUAAUAGAGUUAAAUAUAAGUUAUCACUAAAAAUGCAUAGGUUUAUUAAAAGUAAAAUAUAUGUUAGAUAUAAGAACAUUCAAUGUAAACAGGGCUUGUCCCGUAUCUUAUAAUGAAAAAUAAAAACAUAUAAUUUGUGAACUUAAUAAGUAAUGGAAAAUUUUUUAUUAUGAAUAGGUAAUAAAUAAUAAUAAUAAUAAUAUAUUCCUAUACUUACUUAGAUACAAUUUUAUUUGUUUUAAAAUAUUUAUUUUAUUAUCAACUAAUUUCAAUGAAUAUUACCUACUUAAUUAUUUAUAAGUAAUUCCAAUAGUCCAGUAGAAAUAUAGUAUGUUGUUUAUUACUUAAAAUUGUGCAAUCUUAAAAACAAAUAUUUUAAGUACCUUCUCUGUUAGUUGUUUUAUACAACAAAAUUGUAUGUAUUAUUUUAGUUACAUUCGAACCAAAAGCAUAUGGUCAUACAGUACACCAUAUGUUACUCUAUGGGUGUUCGGAACCUGGAAGUCCUGAACCCGUCUGGUAAACAUCUUUUAUACUUUUUCAAACAAAUUUUUAGUUAUUUUGAUAUAAAAUUUUGUAUUAUUUUAUUUUAAGGAAUUGUGAAGAAAUGUAUUCAUCAAGUAAUGAUCACAAUUCUUAUAUGCAUACCAACCCAUGCAAAUCUGGAUCAAAUGUUAGUAUAUAAUAUUUAGAUUUAAAUUUAAUGAAAUCUACUAAUUUAACACACUGUUUAUAAUAUCUUCUUUAAAUAUCUAAUGCGUUUUUUCCAGAUAUUAUAUUCUUGGGCUCGUGAUGCACCUACAUUAAAACUUCCAAAUGGUGUUGGUUUUAAAGUUGGACUUGGUACACAAAACAACUAUUUAGUACUACAGGUUCACUAUCACAGAAUAUUUCAAGGCUAGUAUUACAUUUACAAAUCUAUUUAACUUCACAAAUAUUGAUGUAAUAUAGUAUCUACUCUAUAUUUUUUAUUUUACUUAACAGAAGGUGAAACGGAUAACUCUGGGAUUUUUUUACAUUACACUGAAAAACAGUAAGAUUUAAUACCUAUUUUAUAACUGCUCACUUCUAUUAAUAUAUUACAGUGUAAUAAAUUGAUAUAUUUAGUCAAAAUGGCGUCAUGGACUUAUUUUAUUGCCAUUAUGGUAAACAAUAAAAUUAUCUUCUACCCCACAACACCACAAAUAUGUGUUUUUAUAUAUUAUAUUUAUUAUAAUGUAUAUUUUAUAAGUACUUAAAGAAUAUCCACCUUACUAGAUCAUUAUUAUCUUUAUCAUUCAUAAACUGUGGGACUUGUAUAUGAUUUACAAAUGAUUUUGUGUUGCCACCAAGUAACUGAAUGUAUUAUAAUUAUUAUAAUUUACUAUAAAUAUAUACUUAUUAUUUAUUAAUAUUUUUUUAAGAAAAUGAAUUACUGUUGUAAUCAUAUUUGAUCAUUAAAUUUUAUUAUAGAUUAGAAAAACAAGCUGGAGUAUACUUACUCGCUACUGAUGGAAUAAUCCCUCCCAAUUCAUUCGAGAAUUUAGAAACAUCUUGUCCAUUGUUGGAAACUGGAAAAGUAAUUCACCCAUUUGCUUACAGAGUUCAUACUCAUCAACUUGGUACAGAUAAAUUAUUUGUAGAAAUAUUACAUGAAAACUAUUUAUUAAUAAACUAUUGUUCUGUUUAAUAGGUAAAGUUGUAGCAGGUUACAGAGUGAAAACUUCUAGUAAUGGAGUACAAAAAUGGGAUUUGCUAGGAAAACGGGAUCCUUUAACUCCACAAAUGUUUUACCCUAUAGAGAAAAAUCUUACUGUCAAUUAUGGAGAUUUAUUGGUGAGCAGAUUUUGAUAAAUUAUCAAUGUUUUAUUGAUUUAAAUUUUAAAUACAUUAACAUUAAUCGUUUUUUUAGUGAAUAGGUAUAUAUUAUUAUUAUUAACAUAUUACGCAUUUUAUAACUUUGAUGUUAAAAAUUAUAAAAUUAAAUAUAAUAUAAAUUUAUGAUCAUAUAAUUUUUCCUAAUAAUAUCGGUUAGUAAUUUUAAUAUAUUUCUUAAAAAUAAUUAUGGAAACUGUUAGACAUUUGUAGUUAUUGAUUUUUAGGCUGCCAGAUGCACAAUGGAAAGUAGAAGAGACACCAUUACGAAAAUUGGGUAAGAUGAUCAACAUAAUAAUAAUAAUUAAUUUGUAAUGUACCUUCUAUUGUCUAGUCUUCGUGAUUAAACUUAAAAACUAUUAUUUUUGUUUACAGUCAAACAAGUAACGACGAAAUGUGCAACUUUUAUGUUAUGUACUGGGUAGAAGGCACAGAACCUCUGGAACAACAAGUUUGUGUAUCAGAAGGAUCUCCGCGAUACUACUGGAAAAACGAUCCAAAUUUGAGUAAUAUACCAGAUGAAGAAGCGUCAAUUUUAUAA